AUGCAGCGCAACACGAUAGGUCACCAAUCUCCACAAAAAACAGGCUCUUUUUGCACAGCCGAGAGUCGUGGGUACUCUAUUUGUAAGCUAUAUAAGAACAGUAACUCUGCCCCAUUGUGGACUAACAUGACGUCUAACUUCGAACCGACCCAAACGGGAACCAAUGACAACGAAAGCAACUACCCUGACACUAUGGACCUGAAAAACCCUCCUGGUCUAGACACCUCGAGGCCUAUCAUCACUCAGCAACCAAGAGCAAGAGAAGACUUCCAAAUGUCGUAUGCUUUUGAAUGGGACACACCAGAUAAUGGCUGGUACGGCUCGUUCAUCAACGGGGUUGGUUCCUGUUUUGGAGCCCUAGGAACCAUUCCCUGCUGCUUCUGCUUCCCUAAUCCGUACAAGGAUGUCGAUCAAGGACAUGUCGGCUUGAUCACUAAGUUUGGUCAAUUGUACAAAGCAGUGGACCCUGGACUUGUCAAAGUUAACCCCUUGAGCGAGAAGCUCCAUCACUCAAACGUGAUGCUCAAGACAAUGCAGAUACCUACCCUGUCCUGCUACACCAAAGAUAAUGUUUCCAUCACGUUGUCGAGUGUUCUGUAUUACCAAGUCGUUAAGCCUCAUACAGCGUUUUUCACUGUUUAUGACAUUGAGGACUCGCUGAGAGAGCGGACGCAAACCACGCUGCGUCAGGUUUUAGGUGCCAGAAACUUGCAGGACGCUAUCGAGAGACGAGAAGAGAUUGCGCAGUCGAUCGAGGAAAUUAUCGCGGAACCUGCUGCCAGCUGGGGUGUUAAGGUGGAGAGUCUGCUAAUCAAGGACUUCAGCCUGCCGCCAGGAGUUUCCAACUCGCUUUCCAUGGCUGCUGAGGCAAAGAGAAUUGGAGAAUCCAAGAUUAUUCAGGCCAGAGCCGAGGUCGAGAGCGCCAAACUGAUGAGAAAGGCUGCAGACGUUCUGGCUUCCAAAGCUGCUAUGCAAAUCAGAUACUUGGACGCAAUGCAAAAGAUGGCCGAGAGCUCUAACGCCAAGGUGAUCUUUAUGCCUAGUCAAAACGCCAUUGAGCGAACGGCACAGUUUACCGGAGGGGGUGACGCUCCAGCCGCAGAACCUGGUCCCGACGAUUCUCAGCACCUUUCUCGGAUUAUCAGUCUUCAGGAAGCCGCUUAG